AUGACUACGACAUUUCAUACACUAAUCAGAGAUAAAAUCUUGUGGGAUAGUAUCUGUUAUCAGUUACAUGGACAUCAUGAUAUCUUUAAAUGUCCUAAUCAACACACUAUCAACCCUCAUAUCAAUUGGCUAAUUAAAUACGAUCAUCAUAUUCAUCUAUUACUCAACCCAAUUAGUAAACAAUUAAACCAACAACUACUCAUUUCAAAUAGUAAUAAUAAUAAUAGUAACGAAAAUAUAAAGCAACAAAUAGUAGAUGAAUAUUGUAAAUUAAAUAGUAAUCAUCAUAGCAAUGAUGAUACUGUACAGACUCGUACUUGGAGCAUUGCCAAACUAUUUCAAAACUAUCAAUGUUGGUCUCAUGAAUCUUUGUAUAAACUGGCAUCUAAUAGACAUCAACAUAUUAUACUACUGCUACUACUUUAUACACUAGAUCUGCAAACCACAUCAUCUACAUGUAUUGUUGCCUUUUCAGAUGAGAUUAUGGAAAGAGUUAUUUACAAAUCAGUACCAAAACACAAUGAUGUACAAUCAAUCCACUCUAACACCAACACUACCACCACCGCCACCACCACCACCACCAUUGACAAAGAUUUACAAACAACUGUUAGUGAUAUGCUCAUUAAAAGAAUGAUACAAAGAUACCCAAAUUAUGUAAAUAGUAGAUGUUAUGAUGGAGCUGCAAAGGCUGGCAAGUUGGACAUUAUCAAAUACAUUUACUCUGUUCGACCAGAUGUACCAUUGGGUAGAACUGUUGCCACUAAAGCAGCUGAAAAAGGAAGAUUACAUGUCAUCAAAUAUCUUCAUGACCUCGAGAAACUAAACUCUCAAAGUGGAGUAAAGGCCUUGUCUGUAAAUGUGUCAUUUAAACCGGCUGCAAUCGAUGCAGCUGCCACCAAUUCGCACAUGGAUGUACUCAAGUUUCUAAACAGCAACCGUAGUAAAGAGUGCACUGCAACUGUCGGUGCAAUCGAUGGCAGUGCUAAAAAUGGACAUUUGGACAUUGUUCAAUAUGCUCACUCUCAUAUGAAGGCAACUGCGUCAAAGAGAGCAUUAUUUGGAGCAUGUCAGAAUGGACAUUUGGAAGUGGUUAGAUAUAUUUUGGCACAAGGACUCUUUGACCCAAAGGACCCAGACACACAAAGAUCGGCUGAUGAGGCUGCUAAAAAUAGUCAUGUCGAUAUUCUCAAGCUUUUGGCCACAAAGAAUAUUCUUGGCUCAGAUACCAUUGGCACUGGAUGUCCUUUUGAAGUUAUUCAAUAUCUACAUGGUACACCUGAAACCAAUCAGCUCUACAAACACUCUCCACCAAGAAAUAAGGUGUACCAUGCAAUUUGGUCUAGUCAAACUAUCGAUACAUUGGAGUUUUUGUACAUACAUUAUCCCGAUAUUUUAAACAAAGAAGCAGGUGUGCUGGCCACAUACAAACCGAUACCGGGUGUACCAUUUCUUCGUUUCCUCAACCAACACUGUCCAUCAGUGAUUGAUGUCUUUAGAUCAAAUGAUCGCAAUAUGUCUGAUCCCUCUACCGGUCACCAAGUAAAUGGUCAUGCAAUUAUCAAGCGCGAGUAUAUGAAUGACCAAUCUAUCAUUGAAUACUUGGAUUAUAUCAUCAACACUCUCAACAUUUCAAAUUUAAAUUUGUCAUUGAUCAGGUUGAACCUUGAAAUAUUUAAAUUUUUAGAUGAAAAAACAUCAAUGGUAGACAAUUUUAUUUCACAAAUAGAAUGGGUCGAAUUGGCUAUUGCUGCAAAGGUAGGCAGCAUGGAUACAGUCGAAUAUCUAGUAAACCAACUCGAUGUUCCCAUUGAAAGCGAGAGAUUUAUGGCAUGUGCAAACCCCUCUCCAGAUAUUCUUGGUUUAAUCUUUUCUCUUUUCCCCGAUACCAAGAUGAUCGAUUCUGACGAUUUACCCUCUCAGUGCAAUAUCGAGUUGUUUGUUAAAGUCUACUCGAGAUUAUUAAAAGAGAGACAAAUUUUUGGAUCUGACAAUCCAAACAACAAUAACAACAACAAUGGUUCUGGUUCAACUACAACAAAAAGAGAAUUAAAUUAUUUUGCCGAUAUGGAUUGUAUAGCAAUGAUAAUGGGAGAUGACCAACUUUAUCAAGGUUAUAUUCCUUCCCAAAAUGCAGACAAUUUAUUUGAACAAUACAUAGAAACCAGACAUUCCCCAUCCCCAUGUCAUUGCUUCAGACAUGUUGUAUAA